UCUCCAUCGGGCACGGUGAGGGACAUGAGUCUGAGGCAGGCUCCUGAGGACGCCGCGUCACCUGGGUGCCCGUCAGGCCCGUCUCAUCCCGAUCGCAUCAACCCAGACCCAACUCCGGCAAUUUCAACCAUCCUUGACCCUGAAGCGCCUCAAAGAUCAGCCUCGAGCCUUUGACCGCGACUCUGCGUGGAGCCGCGGCUGGGUUGGCUGCCCUGCCGCGUUCUGCACGGGUGGCUCCAGGUCUAGGGCGUUGCCGUGCUCCACCCGAGAGGCGAUCGUGUAACCGAGGCUGGGUUGUCGUCUGCCGGCAUGGACUGGAGUCUCCCAGUUGAGCAGCAAUGUCAAUGUCGGAAGCGUUGCCAUGCCAUGAGCCUCCGAACUGAGCAACUGUGGGUGUGAACCUACCACAGGAGGAGACGGCAUGGUGUCUGGAAACUCCUCGCACUCCUCCCCAUGGUCUUCCAGCAUCACAUCUGCGUAGGUCCAGCUGUUGUCCGUUUGUGGGCUGCUCUUGCCCAAAUAUUUGGCCAUCUAGCUGGUGGAGAUUUGGUCCAAUAUGGUGAAGGAUAAGUAGAGCUAGGUGCCAUCUCUAGACAUGGAAAAUUAGAUAUUUAUCUGUAAAUGGUGAUAAACAUUGGUUGUGCCUGCACGCACCCAAACUGGCGCUAAAUAUUUCCACCGAUAAGUGUCGACAUUUACGGAGAGGCAAAAAAUGCCAAUUGAGAACUUGUUAGAGACCAUUGUUAAAUUGUUCUCGGCUGAGAUGCCCAUUAAACCACGUGGCUGUGAAAAUUUAAAUGGGUGAAAAUACCAAUAAAAUGUUUCAACCAUCCCAAAUUUUGUGUGACUGUGAAAACAUAAAUAGAUUAAAAAUUUCAGAAUAAAGCUUAAAAAUAAACAUUACUAUCCAUAAAAGAAUGAAUUUGACCAUGGCUGGUUAGCUGCAUGUCAUUGGGGCUUAAGUCUGAGUCAUCUGACAGUUGUUUGAUAGGAGUAGACAGAGAUUUGAUCCUUUAAUGGGACUCCACUCAUGAGGGAUCUGGUGGUGGAAGUGAAGUUGACCAUCCUAGUGUCACUCUAGAAAGGACUCCGACCAUUUCAGAAUGUUCUCUUGGACCCUGCCGCCUUUCCUGGCCGAGACAGCGAGAUCACAGUGACUAACAUGGCAGAAAGCAUGAGAAAAUGGAGAUCUCUUCUCCAUCCAGUGAUAGAUCAUCCAGCUGAACUGGUUCCAGUUCCACAUCUUGAAUCCAGAUGGUGAUGGAUGUUGAUAAGCUUGGAGUUGCACUUUGUGGAGGACUAAUACUGGCCAGUUGUUGGCUAGACCCGCUGGAUCUGUUGCAGGCUUGAAGGAGAUGAGGACACUUCUGUUGACCUUACACCCUUGACCAGAUCUUGGAAAACUUGUCCUGAUGUUGAAACUAAUCCGUGCUGAAAUCGCUUUAUGUUGAGUCGUCUGACUGGUUUAGAGGACGACUUGCGCUGUGCCACUUGAAUUACUAACAACAGUUUGGCUACAGUGACUUGUCGAACUCGCUGACAAUUGGCAAUGUAGUCAGUAAGAUGCUGUUUGGAUCUUGGGCUUGUUUGUGACGUUUUUGUUUUGUCAGAUAGGUAGAAAAAGCCGUUUGCAAUUGCUAAUUAGUGAGUGCGACCAUUGCUAUUCUCUUUCUGAGUCCCAUCGUAUCCGAUGGUGUUCUGCCAGAUUACCCUGUUACUUCCAACAUUUGCUUUAAAGGUCUAUGAUGAUUAGCUUAUCUGACGUUGACAUGAUGAGUUUGUCAAAGUCACUAUAUUUUUUUUCCACAUCUGCAUUUCUCAUGGUAGGGACGUACAUGUUGCUCAUGGUAAUGUACUUACAUUUCAAAGGCAACCAUAGACCCAUAAGAGGUUUCUUCUGCCUUUAGGUAGACUUUCAAGCUUGGGAACAAUGCAGUUGCCGAUUUCAAAGCCAGCACCCGCUUGUCACUGCGCUGAGGCUGGGCGACCUCACCAGGAGGGCAUAUACCCUGCUCCAAUCUCUGCAAGUCACCCUUCAUCAGUAAACCUGGUGUCAUGGAGAGCGGCAAUGUCCAUUUUUAGCCAAAGCCGCACCUGCGAGAUAUCGGUGUCCUCUUUGGUCACAAAGGGUGAUGACAAAAUGGUGCUAAAGAUGCUGUUUUGCAAUUAUUGAGGAAUAAAUGUAUAAAUAAUGAAAUAGGCUUGGUAAUUAGUUUGAGAUUUAAGCUUUAAAGCUCUUCUUCAGGCUUUAUUGCCUCUUUCCCACCAACAGAAGUUGUUCCAAUAACAGAUAUUUCCUCAUCCAUCUUCUCUCUGUUCAGGUAUGUGAUCUAGCAUUAUAACACUUAGUUGUGUGUAUUGGGGGAGAAACAAGGACACCACAAAUUAACAAAAUUGUCUUCAAAUUUUGGUGCACGUGACCCUGAGGUUCACCGUGUUAACCUGCUGGAAAAGCUGGGGGAAUGUCCAGCCUCGAAUAACUGAUGGUAGCAAUUGGGGUCCCACAAUUACAGUUACCUGGAACACCCUGCAUCGACCGGGCCCGGCGAGCAAAUUAAACAUGGCUGCCAGCCACGGGUGGGUGGAUGGGAGAAAGGGUAUUAAGGCUCCUGGUCCAGCUGGAUGAGGCGCUGGCUUUCGAGGGGCCAACCCGAGAGGAGCUGGAGGCGGAGCUGCCAACCAAAGUCCUGGUGGAGCAUGCUGUGGACACACGGAAGAAGCAGAAGUGGAUGUGCAGCCAGCUCCACGUGGUCAAAUUCCUGCUGGAAUUCUUGGACCAGAGGGAUUCAGCCCCCUUUGACCAGAAGACCACAGAGGCAGCUGUCCGGAGCGAGAUGGUGCAAGCCAAGCAGCAGUGGAAGGAGCUGAAGGCCGGCUACCAGCAGCAGGUGGAAGCCAUCGAGGAGGCAGUGCCCCAUGUGCUGGCCCAGCUGGAGAAGGGCCAGCACCUGGCACAGCGGCUGAAGGAGGCUCUGGCGCGAUACGAGGCCCAGAGACACGAGGCUGAGAAGAAGGCAAAGGAUGCCCAGGAAAGACGGCAGAAGGAGCAGGAGCAGCUGGAGGAGCGGCAGCAGCAGCUGGAGGAGCAGGCGGCUUUGCUGCGGAGCCGGGUGGAGGCUCAGCGCCAGGAACUGCACCGGCUGCAGGGGGAGCUCCAGAGCCAGGAGUGUGUCGCCAGCGGCUGGAGGGAGAAGGUGGAGAGGAGCUCUGCCCUCUGCCAGCUCUUAGAGACCCUCCAAGGGGUCCGGCUGGUCUCUGCGUCUGCUGAUGGAAUUGACAUAGAGCUGACCCCCGGCCCCCAGCCGACGACCCCUGACCCCCAGACAGUGACCCCCAACACCCAGCCGCUGAGGUUCACCUUGUGCUCGACAGAGGAUGGGAGCGUCAGGGUGCGGAGCCACAGUCCCCUCUUCCCCCCCCCUGCGCCCUGCGCUGACGUCCGGGGCACCAUCCUGGAGCUGCAGCACAGUUAUAGCCAGCUGGCCCCACUCCUGGCUGAGAUCCAGGCUCUCCAGACCAGGUUCCCCAUUGACUGGCAGCCCCAGGAGCGCCAGCUCCGCUUCCUGCAGCCUUCCGCCAUCUGGACGCUGGUGGUGGAGCCGGGAUACCCGGGGGCUGGGGGCGUCCGACUGCUGGCAGUGCAAGGGCAGCGUGGCCCUGGGGACCCGGGGGCCUGGAAGCCCCCCCAGGAAACCCCAUCCCUGCGUGACUGGCUGGAAUACCUGAGCAUUGUGGACAUCUGAGCACCCCUCUGGGCCCCAGAGCACCUUGUGGGGUGGAGGCUGGGGGGGUUAAGCUGUCCUGUAAUAAACACACGUUUGUAAA